AGAAUGAAGUGGCAUGAAACAAACAUAGAGGUAGCUACCUACCUACCAGCCAGAGUGCAUUUUGUUCUGUGUAAUAAAUAAGAAGGAAUAGUUGGGAGUAAAAUGGCAUUUCUGAGGUCAGUAGCAACAACAGCAACUGCUGUAGCAGCUAUUCCUGCAGCAUUCGCCUUCUCUUCUCUUUCAUCUUCUCCAUCUUCUUCAUCAUCAUCAUCAUCUUCUUCUUUCUCUCGCUCUUCCCAAUCUUCCAAUUCCCCCAAUAGAUUCGGCCUUCUCAAAACACUUGCUACCCCUCCCUCUGUUCUCCACAUGGACCACAAACUCUCUUCUCAGCCUGAUGCCGUCUUGCCCGAGUUACUGACGGAGUACAUGGUGGAUAUGAAAUGCGAAGGUUGUGUUAAUGCUGUCAAAAAUAAGUUGCACGAGGUUAAUGGAGUUAAGAACGUAGAGGUGGACUUGAGCAAUCAGGUUGUAAGGAUUCUUGGUUCAACGCCGGUUAAGACUAUGACUGAAGCCUUGGAGCAAACUGGUAGAAAAGCCCGGUUAAUUGGACAAGGAAUACCGGAAGAUUUCUUGAUAUCUGCUGCUGUUUCCGAAUUCAAAGGUCCAGAUAUUUUUGGUGUUAUUCGCCUAGCUCAAGUAAACAUGGAACUAGCUAGGAUUGAAGCCAACUUUAGUGGGCUGUCACCAGGAAAGCACGGUUGGUCUAUUAAUGAGUUUGGAGAUUUGACUAGAGGUGCAGCAAGCACUGGUAAAAUAUUCAAUCCAAUAACUGAGGAAAACACCAAAGAGCCACUUGGCGACCUGGGAACACUAGAAGCCAAUGAAAAUGGUGAUGCCUUCUACACUGGAGUCAAAGAAAAGCUGAGGGUGGCUGAUCUUAUUGGAAGAUCUGUGGUGGUAUAUGCAACAGAAGAUAAAACAAAAGAUGGUAUAACUGCCGCAGUAAUUGCCAGAAGUGCAGGAGUCGGUGAGAACUAUAAAAAGCUCUGUACGUGUGAUGGCACCAUUAUAUGGGAUGCCACGGAUAAAGAUUUUGUAUCCAGCAAGGCCUGACACAGUAAUUCACUGAAAGCAAAGCAUUGCUAUUUAGUUGUCUUGUCCCCAUCAGCAAUAUUGUACUUCUGAAGAUCGCAUACCUCUUUCAGAUGUAAUUCAUCUCUCUUUGAUUUAUUCUGAAUUUCUUCUCCAGAAUUAUGAACUUAUUUUUUUGGUUAAGAUGGAUGUUAAUUUGACAUAAAUUAGAGUUAUUUUAGAUAUUUUAAUAAUUGUUGGACAUUAAGAAAAUUGCAUAAUAAAAAAAAUGUAGUAAAAAUUGUUCAGA